AUGUCGGUGAAGCUGAGGUUCGACUCCCCGUCUGACGGAGGUCCGGUCCACAGGAGCCGCUCCUUCACCGGGUUCGGUUCCCUGAGCGGUCGCCAACGGUCGUCUUCUGUUCGUGGGUCUUUUCGCUCCAAAGCCACAGCAGGAGGUAAAUCUCCCAGAAUGCACCUGUCUCCUCGCAGAGGGUCAGUGGUUUCUUGGUCUCAGCCGGAGCAGGUGGACCGGAUCUUCCAGGUGCUUCGCAACGGACUCAAGGAAUAUUCAGAAAUCCACCAGGCGGAGAUGGAGUUUCUGUCGUCGCAGCAGAGAGAAACCAAAAGGAACUCCAGACUGGGUUUCCUCUACGACCUGGAAAAGGAGAUCCGAGCGUUGGAGAGGUACAUACGGCGCUUGGAGUUUCACAUCAGCAAGGUGGAGGAGCUGUACGAGGCGUACUGCGUUCAGUGGAGGUUGAGUCAGGGAGCCGUCAACAUGAAGCGAGCCUUUUCUCUUUCCCCGUCGACCCGAGCGUCCAGGGAGAGUCUGCUGGAGCUCGGCCGCAACCAUCGGCACAGCCUGCAGGACAUGUCGGCCCUGGAAGGAGAACUGGAAAUCCUCCUGGGGGAGCUGAACAUCAAAAUGAAAGGUCUGAUCGGCUUCGCUCGGCUCUGCCCCGGAGACCAAUACGAGGUGGUGGUGCGUCUGGGUCGACAGAGAUGGAGGAUCAGGGGGAGGAUCCAGUCUGACGACUCCCAGUCCUGGGAUGAAGAGGAGAUGGUCUUCCUCCCUCACAUCAGCCAGGACUUUGAAAUCAAGGUGAUGGAGGCGAAGGGUUUGGGUUGGCUGCUGGUCGGCAUGGUGACGUGCGCCAGCGUGGACUUCUUUGUGGCGAGGCCCCAGCUGAUGUUGGUGGACGUCACGGAGCUGGGAACCAUCAAACUGCAGCUGGAGGUCACCUGGAAUCCGUUUGACGGCGGUGAGAAGCUGAGGCCGCAGUCCGUCAGCAGACAGUCGGUGUCGAGCAGGAAGGGUUCGGUUUACGGCUGGACGGCACCAAACACGCCCUCCUUCACUGAGAAAUACUACUUGUCGAUGGUCCAUGAGCUGCAGGACCAGGAGGGUUCCUUUCCAUCGCUGGUGUCUAAAAGUCGUCGCAACAGAGGAGGCGUGUCUCUGCUCAGCUACCUGUCCGACCCGUCUCACACCACCUUCAUGUCCAACCCACCAAGCCCAUUCCACCAGAGUCUGACUCGGGCUCACAGUUUCCCAACCAGCCACCGAGGAGGAACCAAUCGAGGUGGAAGCCAGACCCAACUUUCCUCUGGAGAGGAAGAGGAGAUGACUAUGAGGAGGAGGAGGGUGGAGGAAAUGGUGGGAGAGGACUGGGGAGGAGCGUUAGAAGCUCCAUCGGGAGAAACGAGUAGAAGUGCUUCUGUUGUGGCGUUACAGAGGUGCAGCACUCCAGACAUCCUGAAGAAGAACCCAGCAGGAGAACCAGAAUCUGAGAGACAUGGUGCAGCUCCACAUCAGGACCAGGAGCAGUAUCCGCCUGAUGGCCCGACUCUCUCUGCUGCCUCCCUCUCCUCCUCCUCCUCCCCAGAAGAGGCUCCGACCCCGGGGAGGCCCGGGGUGAGCACCGCCCAGCGCCGGGCCCUGGCCCUCAGACUGGGAGCACUGGUGAAGGAGCUGCAGAAAACUCUGCAGAGGGAGAGCUGCUGUGAGAAGGAGCUGAAAUCUUUGGAGCAUCAGAUUGUUCACCUGGAGACCAUCCUGAAGAACCACCUGUCCCUGCUCAAAACUUCCUCUUCAGAGGAGACUCUGGCCCUGGAGGAAGUCCUGGGCAGCUUUGACUUCCUGUCACAUGACCUGAACACAGAAGAGGACACUUCCUGUUUGGACAGCCUGAGGCUAAAAGACAGCGGCAUGAGCUCGUUCCAGCAGAGCACCAUGAGGAGUCUCGGCCUUCUCUCUAAAGACAGCCAAGCAGCUUCUGAGGAGGAGCUGGCCAUCGCCCCGUUGACUUCGGGGAACUGGAGUAUGGACCAGGCUCUGGAGACGCACAUGGACAUCUGCUGCAUCCUGCUGCAGAUGAUGAAAACGAUCGACUUCAGCCCAUCUCGGAGGGAGCUGCUGGAGGAGAUGUCCAACCAGGCUGACGUCCUGGACCGAGUCAACUGUCUGCUGCUGGAGAAGAACGACACCAUCACAGCUGGAGACGUCCUCCCUAAAGCCCAGAGAUCCAGAGAUGUUCUGCUCUUCUGGGAGGAGUGCGUGAGCGACAGCAGCUCUCCUUUCUGCUGUCACGUCGACGGCUUUUCCAGAACGCUGAGGAAACGCUUGACUCACAAGGUGAAGGCCAAGCAGCCCGGCCAGUCGGAGAAAGUGUUUUCUCGCCUCCUGCAGCAGCUGCAGGCAGCCUGUCGGUUGGUGCCGGGCUGUCGGCCCGUCUGCAGCCCAGAGAGAGUCACCCUCUUCCAGCUCUCAGUUUAUCUGAAGCGCUGGAGCUUCCAGGAUCUGGGAGAGCACGUCUCCCGCCUCUCCAGAGAAGAGUACGUCCUGUCUGCACUAACCAGCCCCAAAAGGAGGCGGGCUUUAAACAAACUGAGGGGGCGGGGCAUCUCUGAGCUCCUCCCACUUGGAUCCACCCUGCAGACUCUGGCCGCCCUGCUGAUCGACUCCAACCACAAAGUCUGCAAAGCUACAAGCAACUUCCUCUGCAGAGCUGCAGGAUGCAAGGCCUUCAGGAACAAGGCCGUGGUUUUCUACACGGAGAGUCUGAAGAGCUCCCAGGUCCAGGUCCAGCAGGGCUCCUGUUUGGCUCUGAAGUGUCUCAGGGCGGCGGAGAGCGUGGACCACAUCGCAGAUCUGUGGAGGUCGGAGGAUGAAGAUCUACGAAGUGCAGCCAGAGAAACCGUCCUCUCCUUUGGUAAAAAGGGGCACGGGGCCUUCCAGAGGAUGGAUCAGCUGUCGGCUGAGAUGGAGGAGGAAGCCUACAAGAACCAAGAGACACAAAUCACCAUUUUUUAAGGAACCACAGCUGGAAACGUGAGCCGACCUGAAGAGUCUGAACCAGGUUUACGUCUGACCGAGACGAAGCCUGCAGGGAGCAGCCACCUCCUUCCAAUAAAAACUUGAUU